AUGUCAACAAAACCACCGCGUACCCCAGAUCGCUCGGCCCUGGGUGAAUCCUGGGUGAUGGCAUCGACUGCCUCCAUCAGGGAAGGAGAUGUACUUGAAAAUGUGCAGGAGAAACAGGCAGAUCACGAUAGACUAGAGCUAGCCAGCCCGACUCCGACACCGAGAUCUGUACGAAAUAGCAACAGCGGGACAUCCAACGAGGAACAACACAAGGAAUCGAAACAGAAGCAGAAACCAAACGAUAAACUAUCGCAGUCUUCCGAAUCACUUGUGUCCUCGUCCUCGUCAUGGAUCAGCACGUCGGGCCCAGAGCUUAUCAUGCCUUCCAUCUACGAAGCACCCAUCUCCGAGGCAUCAUGGGUGGCCCCAAAUAUGCGAUCGGCCACUGCCACUGCAGCUAAACAAGCUGCUCAUCUACUUCAGAAGCAGAACAAAACACCAAGCAAGGACCUCUAUCAAGGUUCAUCGACUCCCUCAGCCAACGAACCACCCUCCGCAACAUCAUCAACGCCUUCCUCCUCGCCGCCAUAUUUCACAUUCUAUUUCUCCCCCGAAAUCAUCCACUCAAUGCAAGAACUAUGCAGCAUCCCCGGCAUCAAAAGCCUGUACCCUUCCAGCUGCGUCCAACUUGACCCCAGACAUCCCUCCCUCAACCCCACCACCAACAAUAACAACAACAAACCCAUCACACCAGAAGAAACAAUCUUCGCCGCCCAAACCCACCUAGAAUCAAUCUUCACCAGCUCCCUCGCAACCCUUCUCCCACUCGCGCCCAUCCUCAAAGAAAGCGAAUCAAAACUCCAAUCCCUCCAAUCAACCUUACAAACCACCUUCCCCUCCGCCCGACACGCCCUCGCCCUCGAAUUCCAAGGAGGCAACUCGGCCCUCCGCACCGCAGUGUGGGAAUUCGACUCGCUCCGCGCAGAUCUCCGCUCGGCAAUCGAUUCCCUCCUCGCCUCACCCCCGACAAAGGAGUCGACGGGCACUUCCAUCGCCCGCGAUACCAGGCUCGCGGCGCAGCUCCGUCGUCGCGCGGAGUAUCUUGAUCGAUUGCGUUCGCAGAUCCACGGCAAAACCGAAGGGUUGGCUACGCGGUUUGGUACCCUAGAUGACCAUCUCACGGCGGUUGAUGGGAUUAUCUCGCGCGAGACGAGGAGGGCUUCGUUGGACUCGCUUGUUGGGGGUGGGACUGGAGGUGAUGGGCUGGGUGGAUUUCAGUCUGUUUUGCACUCGUUAUCGAGGUACACGUUUGGGACGAAGCUGUUUGGGGGAUCGGGGUCGGGAUCGACGGGUUCAGAAGCAUCAGCAUCAGAAGCAACAGCUGGCGAAGCGGGGGAGGAGGAAGGGGAAGAUAUGCCUGGGCCUGCUACGACCUUGGCGAUGAUGAGAUUAGCGGCGACACAUCAUGUCCCUGUUGCUGAUUCGGUGGAGAAAUUAUCACGACAGCUAAGGGACUUGCAACGUGCGAGAGGGUCCACCUGGGUCCAUUAUGAUUGA